AAAUUGGUUUAAGUAUGGCAUGGAUUUACUUCAACUCUACUCCAAUCCAAUGCAGUGCAAUAUCAAUGCCCGUAAAUAUAGUAAACAGGAUGCUGGUAAUCAGUCAAAUGUCGCGGAAUUAUCACUGAAAACCAAAUCGAAAAAGGAAAUCCGCCUCGUCGAGAUACUUACAAACUACCUGAAAGGAUGCGCAAAAUCAUUGCAGUUGCAUCUGCCACAAAUCCAAAAUGACAAGGGCAGCGAUGUCAAAACGGAAUUGCAACCAAAUAAGACUCCAAUGGCAAUAACGGGAGACCAUUUAACUAAACCAGAUAACAAAGCAAAUAAUGGCGCUGCUGAGAAGCUUGAAAAAUCCUCUUCAACUAACCGAAAUGUACAAAAGAAUUUGCUUAAGUUUCCAGUGGUGCCACUCGAUGAGACCCUUGAUCGCUAUUUGGACAGCGUUCAACCGUUCUUCACCGAGAAAAAAUUCCAAAAGGAGCAAGAACUGACCUACGACUUUCUGCAGAGCUCGGGACUGCAGCUGCAAGAGCAUCUCAUCGAGGCUAGUAAAAGGGAAUACAAUUGGCUAACAGAGCGCUGGACAACUGCCACCUAUCUGCGACAUCGGGCACCAUUAACUGUGUUCUCCAGUCCCUGCAUCACAUUCCCCAAGCAACAUUUUCCCAAUAUUCAACAGUUUUUGGACUUUACGGCCAAAGCCAUUUACGGCAUGUGUGAGUUCAAGAAGCUGGUGGAGAAUGGCCAGUUACCCGUUUACACAAUGAACGGCUUUCAACUGGAUAAUAGCCAAUUUCAUCAUGUAUUUGGCACUGUUCGCAUUCCGCGACGCUCCUGCGAUAUCCUUCAACAAUUCGAUUCCAAUUAUGUGAUCGUCAUACACAAAAACAACUUCUACAAGAUGCCCGUUUACACUGCAGAAAAGAGGGUGCUAGAUGUUUAUCAGUUGAGAAAACAGUUGGCGAAAGUGAUUCAAUCUGGUCGUCCUGCUGGUCCCCAGAUUGGUCUGUUCACGCACGAUACACGUGACAAUUGGACGGAGGCUCAUGAGAUGCUUUGUCGCCAGGAGAUAAAUGCCAAAACGGUGCAGUGCAUUGAGAAGGCGCUCUUCACCGUCUCGUUGGACGAGCCUGUUGAGGUGCCUGCUGGACAGGAGCGCUCCAUGUUGGCUGCCCAGCUUCUACAUGGUGGUGGAAUCCAUUCGAAUAGUGCCAAUCGAUGGAUGGACAAAACACUGCAGCUGAUUGUCAAUCCCAAUGGCAUGGCAGGAAUUUGUUAUGAGCUAGCGCCAGCCGAUCCUCAACCGGCGGCCACAAUCAUGGACUAUGUUCAGCGCCAUAUCUGCAAUCCAAAAUACGGUCAGGAAUUUAGCGACCCUAGCGAUUAUGGCGAAACUUCUUCAAGUGAGGAAUUGGCGGAAUUGCAGUUUGCGGAGAUUAAUGAUUGCAUCGACUUCUGGUUGAUGGCUGCCAAGCGGAGUAUCAAUCUCAUCUCAAGGCAAUUGAGGAUGAGUGCAUUUCAGUUCGAUUGCUAUGGCAGGAGUGUGAUCAAAUCGCACAAGAUGCCACCGGAUAGCUAUAUACAGAUGGCACUGCAGUUGGCAUUCUAUAGGCGGCACAAGGAGCUGCCCGCUCAGCAGGAGGCCGCCCACUUGCGUAUCUUCAGUUCUGGGCGCAACGAGAUCAUACGCACCACCUCGAACGAAUCCUUGAAUUUUGUACGUGCAAUGGUCUCGAAAAGAGCAACGCAUCGCUCACGUUUAUUGGCCCUGUUAGCAGCUGUGGAGUACCACCAGGAGCUGACCAAGAUGGCGAUGCGGGGAUGUGGCGUAGAUCGACAUUUAUUCGGGCUGAAGCAGAUGGCGCGCGAGAAUGCGGAACCUCUGCCCAAAUUCUUUUACUCGGAUGGCUAUCAAAGAUCAACAAAUUUUCGCAUUGUUAGCGCACAACUGACUACAUCGCAUGAUGCCUUCAUGGCCAAUGGGCCACUCAACUCAGAGGGAUAUGGCUGCUCCUAUAAUCUGCGUGAGGACGACAUAAUCUUUGCAGUUUCUGCCUGGCAAAGGGAUCCCCAUAUCUGUGCUGAGCUCUAUGGCUAUGCAAUUGAGUCGGCACUGGUUGAGAUGGGAGAGCUCAUCCUGGCAACUAACAGACGAUGAUUGUGUGCAAUAAAUAACAAAUAAAAACAAAAAUAGCCUAAAA